AUGGUGUCCUUCUUUGGCCUCAGACUUGGAGGCGACAGGAAAAAGUCACAGGACAAAAAGUUAGCGACAAAGCAAAUACAACAUUUACAUCACAAUGUCACAUACAACAACAAUGAUAGUGGGUACGAAACCAUUACCACAAUCACGGCAAGGGAGAUCAAACGACAGAGCAACUUCUCCCGCCCAAAUCUCGCUCGUCCUGGCACAUCACACUCUCAACUCGAACCCCCGACCCGCGUGCCCUAUAUGAAUACCGCAGGAGGCGCUUCUUCCAUGGUUGAUCUCGCUGCCCCGCGAGCACCAGGAAUGGGAAACCCACGAUUCCACUCUUCGGAUAUGCAGCUCAACACACGCUUUGGCAAUGGUAGUUCGACAAGUCUUGUUGCCCCCAGCCCUGUAAACCCAGAUGGCAACAACAAUAGGCCCGGUACGCCUACACGUCCUGGAACCGCUGUAUCGACGAGAGAGCCUCCGAACCCGUUCAAUAUUCACUUUGGAAAGGAUUCUGUCAGCAGUAUACCCUCAACGCCCCACGACGAUCUCGGAAGUCACCCUGAACCAUUCGAAUUUAAUCUCGGAACCGAAAUCAAGGAAGUCAGGACCAGGAGUCCCAUUCCCACUGCCAACAAUGGAUGUCCAUCUCCUCCGCCUUCCAUCGUCAACGCUGAGCGAUCCUUUUCUCCCGACAAUCGACCUUCGAGCAGCCGUCAAAACGUUCCCGCCGCACCCACUCUCCAGAAGCCUAGCGCUGCCGGUCCUAUGUCUCUUCCCAGCCCAGCUGUCUCGGUUGCUCGAAGCGAGGAUACUUGGGAGUCUCCUGUGAUACGUAAUGUCUCAGCUAAGCGCGACACAUUCACAUUCCACAUGCCUAGAAAAUCGAGCUUUACCAUGGAGACGGAUCCUCGUGAUAGUCCCAAGCCCAUGGCUGAAGGUCUCGCUGGAAACUUUGCUGGGUUUGACUUUGGUGAGACUGUCAGGAAGGGGAGUAUCGGAGGCAAGAGCAUCGAUACAGCGAGCGAAGGCAGAGUGAGCCCGAUCGAUACAAACGUCAAGCCUAAACCGCUGGCAAAUACCAGGACAGCCAGUCCUCUCGGAAGCGCAAGAACUGCGAGCCCCCUCAGGACUAUGCAGUCGAGUCCCAGUCUAAGCAUGCUUGAUACGGCUUUGACCCGAACUCGAACGGCCAGCGAUGCCAUGUCACCUCUGUCUCUGGUGUCUUCGCUGGCGUCGGCGGCAGCAGAAGAGGUUCCUCGUAUCCAAACGCCUCAACCUUCUCAGCAGCCCAAGCCGAUGCAUCAAGCUCCCAAGAUCCUUCAACCUGGUCAGCUGUCAGAGCCUCUACAAGCUAUGCGACCUGUCUCGCCUUCGCGCUCACCCAUGCCCUCGCCGCUUUCGCAACCACCUCAACAAAACUCACCUGGGCCGUCUCCCAUUCUCUCUUCCUUCCCAGGUCGCGAAACUUCACCAGUACAUGAUUUCGAGUUCCCUCGUUCUCCCCCACGAGGAUUCCAACAGUCGGCUCUACCUUCACCUCAAUAUCCACCCAAGCAGUACAAGGCAUACCAGCCUCCCAACUCUUCUCCGCCUACGAAACCUCUACCUUCGCCAUACCGGUCGCCUUCAUCUCCUCUCCCUCCUGUGCCACCACCUCGAUUGAACCCUGGCAACAGCAGAGGUAACAGCAGGAGUAAUACUCCCGACGUUAUUUCUAGGAGCGCAACUCCCGACACGCUUGCGAGCCCUGACCCAGGUUUCAUGAACCUACCUCUCCAGCCUCCUCCUCGCGGUCUCCGUCCACGUACCGACUCCGAACCAAAGCUUGGUCGUCCUGUUCGAGUUCCUGCUCCUCUCACUGAACGCUCAGCCACUAUUCCUCUUGUUGGGUCUGGGCCAAAGAGUGCUGUUGGCCCUGGUUUUGAUGAUAGUGGUUUCGUUCGCGCUGCUCGUAUUCCUGAGCUACCCAGAACAGCAAGCCCAUUCCUCCAACAAGCUUCUGAGCCAUCAAGAACACCGAGUCCCUUCCGCGCACAUAGCCCUCAGCCACCACAAACGGCCAGUCCGUUCCUACAGCAAACUCCUCAGCCGCCCAGGACAACCAGUCCAUUCCUCCAACAGAGUCCCAUGGAAGGUGAAUUUCCCGUCCAAAAGGGCUUGCCACGAGGACGCAGACCUCAACAGCCUGAGCCCCAGAGUCCUGCGAGGGGCUUUGGCCUAGAACCAAGGAAGCAACGUCGCCAGCCUCCGGUGUAUCCUCCACCCAGAAAUGAAUCACCGGUAGCUCCAGACUCUUUCGAGGCGCCAAGUACACCCAACUGGAACGAAUUUGACCGCGGCGAAGCACACAAGUCUGCCAUUCCAGCUGCUCUCUCACCCUUCCGGACCCAGUUCGCUCGCUCUCCUACACAAGCUACUGACUCCUCCUUGAGUCCACGCCUCGCUCAAUAUGCUUCUUCACCCAUUUCUGAUACCUCACCAAGUCUGCCAUCGCCUUCGUUUCCCUCAUUGCAAAAGACGAUUUCCAACUCGAGUGAGAAUCUCGCACGGAUGUUUGACAUUGAUGGACCGUACGACCAGCGACCCGAACCUAGUCAAGGCGGCAGGCCACUAAUCUCACCCGUCAUGGUGGACUUUGUGCAGCCCAGAGACAGGGAUCGCAGCAGGACUCGCGUCGAGGCCAAGAGGGCUCCCCCUCGACCAAACCCCAUCACCGUCCCAGGGCCGCUCUCUACAGAGCCUGUAAAGAUCAGAACCCCGAACCCUGUGGUUGAUGCGAACAACCCUGGAUUUAUCUAA